AUGCGACGUAAUCGGUCCCCGAGCUCGUCUUCGCCCUUCCGGGCGCUGGCGCAUCAUCAGCUGGCCAGCGCAAAUUCCAAUUCGGCAGACCCCGUCGCGUUGAUACGCUCUUUCAAUGUCGAAACCAACCCCUCUCGACCCAUGCGCCCCUCCCCGCUCACAGCUUCGACAAUUCGAGAUAUGCCGCUUGACCUAGUCGAUCGAAUACGCUCCUUCCCGCUCUUCAUGUCUGCUCCCGAAGAGUUUCUUGUGGCUAUUGGAAACCACUUGAAGCCUCAGGUCCAAGGCGCAAACGAUCACAUUGUAACCGAGGGCGACGACGCAAAAGCCAUGUACUGGCUUGUGCGCGGUGUCGUGGCCGUAACGUCUCGAGACGGCGAAGCGACCUAUGCAGAACUGAAACCGGGUGCCUUUUUCGGAGAAAUUGGCGUCCUCAUGGAUAUGCCACGGACUGCAAGCAUUGUAGCGCGCACAAAGUGUCUUUUGUUGGUCCUCAAGAAGGAGGACCUCCAGACAAUCAUGCCAAUGUUUCCGCAAAUGGAACAGGCCAUCCGCGAGGAGGCCCAAGAGCGACUGAUGUUGCUCAAGAAGAAGCGGCAAGAAAACGGCGGCCUCAUCAAGUCACCGCCACCCGACUUGAAAGCCAAACCGGCAGCUGGAACCGCUCUCCGCGCAGAGAGUGGUACCUUGAAGGAUGGCUAUGUGGUCAACCUCAAGAAGAGAAAGUCUCCAAGCCCCGGCAUCAUCGAAGAUCCUGCUGCCGGAAGCGCCAUUGGUAGUGGCUUUGUUAACAUCAGACGCACCCUCAAAGAGCUGCCACUGUUUUCGUCGCUACCCCCCGAAAUCCUACACUUUUUGGGCCUCAGCGCCCAACCGAAAGCAUACCCUCCUUUUAGCGACAUUAUUCGUCAAGGCACCUCAGGAAGCGAGAUUUUCUUCAUCGUGCAGGGCGAAGCUGAAGUUAUUCACGAACCGCCCAAACCUCUUACCAAUGGCGACGCAGCCCUCCCCACAAGCCGCACACGGCCCAGACUAAAAGCCGGACAAUACUUUGGCGAAGUCAACAGCCUGGGCUUGUCAGGGAAGCGUACUGCUACAGUACGAUCUAUCACGACUGUCGAAUGUCUAAUGAUUCCGGGAGAUACGCUGGAAGAGCUGUGGAAGAGAUGCGCACCCGGUAUCAAGGAGCAAGUCAUUGAAACGGCACGUAUGCGAUAUACCAAACAAGACGAGGAUGUAAAAAUGACCGAUAGCAAUGGCGAGGACGACAGCGACGAUUCUCCUCAAUCUUCACAUUUCAAAACCUCAUUACCAAACCUAACCUUUACGUCGCCAUCGAAGCCCGCUUCUCCAGGGCAGGAUGAGCAUGAAAAGAGGAGCGAGCCAAGCGACCCCGAUCCUUUUCUGAGCGUCGAUAUGGAGAAUAUGCGAAAUCGCCGCCGGCACUCGCUGGCACCCCCGACUCCUGUACCAGAACCUCCAACGGUACCAUCGCCAACGAAGCAAAUGUCUGUUGACGUCUCGCCACUUGCCGACAUCUCUAGCUUAAAGUACGCCUUCUCUAACUACUCCAACGACUCUGGUACACCGCUUAAGAGGGUACGGACCCUGGAGAGCGAGCUUGGCGCAAUGUCUCUACCUAACCUAACCGACCAGCUCCUCAUUCGAGUCCUACAGUUCCUCGACGUUGUUGACUUAUACAAGCUACGACAAAUCAACAGCUACUGGAGGCGCCUGGUUUGCAACUCGCCCGAGCUCUGCAACAUUGUCGACUUUUCUCACCACAACCGCGUUGUCACUGACCACGUCUUGGCUUAUACCUUGGCACCCUUUAUCGGCCAACGAGCAGUCUCUGUUGACCUGAGCAACUGCUUCCACAUUACAGACGAAGGAUUCUCGGCUCUCUGGAAGAAAUGUGGCAAAGGAGUAAAAAAGUGGAAGAUGCGCUCUGUUUGGGACGUAUCGGCCAACCAAAUUCUAGAAAUGAGCGAGAAUGCCAAGGGAUUAGAAGAAGUCGACUGGAGCAACUGCCGCAAGGUUGGAGAUAACCUCUUGGCCCGCGUGGUGGGCUGGGUCGUCCCCGAACAGUCGCCCACGACCAAGAAAGCUUCCGUGGGUUAUUCGCAAAAGAUCAGGGGUGGCCAGCGCAACGAGGAGGAGCAAAAAGAUCCCCCUCCACCUGGUACAGUAAUUGGCUGCCCUGGGUUAAGCAGACUCAACUUGUCAUACUGCAAACACAUCACCGAUCGGUCCAUGGCACACCUCGCAGCACACGCCUCCUCUCGCAUACAGUCGCUCUCGCUUACACGCUGCACGUCCAUUACUGAUGCUGGGUUCCAAACAUGGGCCCAGCACAAGUUUGAACGCCUGACACAUUUGUGUCUCGCAGAUUGCACCUAUCUCUCUGAUAACGCAAUCGUUGCGCUUGUCAACUCAGCAAAGAGUCUUACCCACCUAGACCUUUCCUUUUGCUGUGCACUAUCGGACACGGCCACCGAGGUCGUGGCCCUCGGCUUACCAAAGCUUCGCGAGCUUCGACUAGCCUUUUGCGGCAGCGCCGUAAGCGACGCAAGUCUAGAGAGUGUGGCCCUUCACCUGAACGAACUCGAGGGCAUCAGUGUGCGCGGCUGUGUGCGUGUCACAGGCAAGGGCCUGGAAUACAUCCUCCGAGGCUGCUCCAACCUAGACUGGGUUGAUGUCAGCCAAUGCCGCAAUCUGGACCCUUGGUUCCGCGUUGGCAGCAUCAGCAAAUGGGGCUACGACCAGCGGACGGUGGAAACGCACUCCAGCAAGCGCCAAUGGAUGUCGAACCUGGACGAAAUGUCGAAAUCAUUUGCGCAGCCCAAGACGAUGAGCGUAGCUAUGCUCACAACACCCAACUUUUACCCGCGGGCCGGCGUGCCGUCCAUGACACGUCGACCGCGACACCCCGUGCGAUUUAUAGUAGAAAAGGGAACGGAUGGGUUACGAUGA